AUGUCUUGGCCUGUCAGGACAGUGGCGUUCAAUGUGGGUCUUCGCCUUACAAAUACUGCACACCGUCGGCAGGUUCAACUCGGUCGCAAAGGAUGGCCCGACAAGCAUCGCCGUGAAGAUGACGAGCUCCAAGAUGCUGGCUUUCAUAGUUUCAGUAAGAUACGAUUGGACAAGCUGGAGUCGAACUCAGGUGGUGGAUGCGACUGA